AUGAAUAAAUGUUUUAUUUGUAAGUUAAAAAAUAGGACCCUUAUUCAAAUUUGGGGGAAUGACUCUUUUAAAUUUCUUCAAAGUUUGACAACUAACGAUUUAAAUAAAAUAAUAACCGAAAAUGAGUUUACAUUAAAUAAGAGUUUUCCUAAUAAUAUUUUGUCUAAUAACUUUGAUAGAAGUAGAUAUGAAAUUAAUUAUACUAACAAAAAAUAUAAAGAAUUAAUAAUAGGUUUACCCUCCCUAUUUUUAUUAAACAAUGGAAGAAUUUUAUUUGAUUGUUUUAUAUACAAUAUAAAAUACAUUUAUGAAGCAAAAUUAUUUAGCUUAUUUUAUAUAGACUGCAAUAUCCAGAUCUUGAAGAGAUUAUUAGAUAUAUUAGAGAAACGCAAAUUAUCUUGUGAUGUUUAUUUUAAGGAAUUGAAAAAUAUCAAUAUUUAUCAGUUAUUACCUUGCAUAUCAUCACUAAAUAAUAAUAAUAAUUAUGACAUUAUAUCAAGUACUUACAUAGAUUUGUUAAAUACUUUUGGAAGUAAAGGAAGUUUUUUUUUUUCAAAAGAUGAAAGAAGUGAUCUAUUAGGAUAUAGAAUAUACGAAGUUAUUAAUAAAACAAGAGAAGAGUUGAAUGGAAAUUUUGAUAAUAGCAAAAAUAAUAUUGAAAAUAUAAAUGAUGUUGAAAAUACAAAGAAUGAUAGUAAUUUAGUUAAUGAAAAAAUGAAUAAUGAAAUUAAUAAUGUAUUUUGUAAAUUUCAAAAACAAGAAAAAUUAAAACUUAAAAGUACGUUUAUUUAUGAUUAUUUUAAGUUAAAUUUAGGAAUUAUUGAAAAUUUAUAUUUAGAUUAUAUAUUUUUUAAAGAUAGUGCAUUGAAUAAUAUUAGUCAUAAUACCCUUAAUAAUAUGAAUAGGAUUGAAAAUGAUUUAAAAGAUGAAAAACGAACAAAAAUACAAAAAGAUAUUUUUUUAUUUAAAGAUUUAUCACCUUUUGAUUUAAAUUAUGACAAACUAAAUUAUUUAGCUAAUGAUAAAGGCUGUUAUGUAGGGCAAGAAGCUAUUAAUAGAAUUAGAAAUGAGAUAUUUAUAAAUAAAUAUGAAUUAUCAUUAUGCAUUAAUUAUGAAUAUUAUGACUUGUUUUUUAAUAAAUUAAAUGAUUUAAGUAGAACCAUAUGCGAUGAUUUUAUAUAUAAUAAAUAUUUAAAAGAAUUUAAUGACAAGAAUCUUUUGAAAUCCUCUUUUUUUUUAUUAAAAAAUGCUAUGAAAAGUCAAGAAAAUUUAAUUAACUAUCAAGAUCAGUAUAAUGUAUUUAUUCAAAACAAUAAUAUAAAUAAUGAUUCUAUUUUAAAUAAUACAAUUGGUAAUGUUUUUUUUUAUAAUAAUAUAAUGGGAUUAUGCUUUUUAAUUAAAAAGAAAAUACAAGAUAUUAAAAAAGACAUAUUUUCUUCUUCUGCAAAUAUAUAUAUUAAAAACAAUGUUAAUGAUAAAAAGCAUAGAAUUUUAUUUAUUCCUUUUAAAUUUUAUAACACAUUUAUAAAUAUAAAAAGGAAUUAUAAUGAAUAA